CACUACAUUAACUAGGAACAUAUGACGCAUGCAGCCACUUCCCGCCAACACCACUAUCAUGCUCUCCGCCCAGGAUGCACUGUGCAGGUCCGGCUGAGGGAGCCUGUAUAAAACGCUUUGGGUAUGCACACAAUAUAUUCCCGACGAUUUCAGCGAAAUACUGACAUCCACAGCAUGAAGAUAGCAGUAGUCAUCCUCGUGUCCCUAGCUAUCCUAACUCCGGGCAACGCAACCUGGUCUUGGCGAAACUCACGGAGGAGAGCACAACAACGGCGAUGUUUUCAACUGUUCUACCAGACACCUGCACGUUAUAGUCAUGGUAUGUCCGGCUAUGGUCAUCAGAUGUACCAAUCCUUACUCAACCUACGACAGGGAUUACAGAUACCGGGUCAUAGAACACCAGGUGCUCACUACAGGUUCAAUACAGGAACUCCAGGACGUUGGGGUGGUCACGUUCCCGUGCCAUCUACAUAGCGCAACAACGGGAGAUUUGUUGCCGGCUUUGUCCUCGACUACCAGGAUGUUCGGCAACACACACUGCCUCAUCUACACGCGCGACUUCUGCUACAACGACCAGAUCUACCACAAUGCCUCCAACCACCACACCGACUACACCUGCACCUACGACAGCAGCUACAACGACCAGACCCACCACACUGCCUCCAACCACCACACCGACUACACCUGCACCUACGACAGCAGCUACAACGACCAGACCUACCACAAUGCCUACAACUAAGGCACAUAUUACAUCUACCCGCGCGAUUCAAACAACGACAACCGCAAAGCGAACUACGGCUCCAACCACACCUACUACCACCGUCUUCAUUCUACCGACUAGGGGUUCUGCAUAGAAAUCUCACACGUCUUCUGAAAUGAUCUGAAAUGGUUCCUGCCCUAGAUUUAAGUGUGCCCAAUGCACACGUAAUGCAAUGGCAGCUAUGGACACUUAACGACUCUUUCCCAGACUGAAGCAUAAAAGUAACCGAAAAUAUGUGCAUAGUUUAUACCACAGUAAGAUUGGCCUCUCCCAUCCCACUUAUUUCCUGCGAACAAUUGGGCACAGACCACUGGAUAAAAGUGGGGAGGAGCUGGAGCGGGGGUG